AUUCACUCAACAGACCGUUUCCUCUUUGUCGCUGGUCUGAUACACAAUGCUUCAGUUUACAACUCUCUCUGUGUUUCUCUGUGUCAUGGAUUUGCUCUCAGAGACUCUGAGCUCUUUAACUAUGCAGGCAGAAGCUGGAGAUAACGUCACUAUUUGGUGCCAACAUGAUCUGACUGAAACAUCUUUCAUCUACUGGUUUAAACAGACGAGUGAUUCAGUUCCACUUCUUCUUGGGUGUAAAAAGUUUAGGACAUCAGCUCCAUCAGAGACGUGUUACUUCUUUAGUGAGAGUGAGAGAAUAGUGAUGUCUGUUCAUGGCAGUAAAACGUCUCUCACAAUCACUGCAGUAAACGUCUCUGAUACAGGACUCUAUUACUGCAGCUUCACACAACUGGACCAAGUUAAAUUUAGAAACUCCACCUAUUUACAAGUGAAAGGUAUGAAUAAAACAUUUUCUGAGAACUUGGACAAAGCAACAGUUUCUCUCCCAGGUUCAGUGUCUCCUGCUGUGUUCUUCAUGCUGAUUGUGGUGUUUGGUGCAGUGAUUGUGUUUCUUCUCACUGUCCUGAUCUUCAUCAUACUGAAGUACAGAAAAACACACAGAGGUGCUGAAGAUAAAGCAGAAGUUAAUGAGAUACAUGUUUCUGACUCUGUGAGUUACGCUGCACUUCUGUUCUCAAAGAAGAAAACUGAGAGGAACAAGAAACAUGAUGAAAAUGUUGUAUAUUCUUCAGUGGGACAGGGGAAUGUGUGAACAUAAUGUCACAUAUCAUCUACUGCUUCCUUCAUAUGACACUGAUAUCCCUGAUGGUUUGUGGUAAGAGGAAAAGUAGCUUUUAUAACAUCAUAGUUACAGAACUGAAUCGCACUCAAUCUAAUCUAAUAUGAUAUGAUCCACCAUAAUAUGUACAGGAUGAAUCUAGUCUUUCAGUGAAAUAAUAUCUGGAGUCUGAAAUGGUUUGUUUAAUUUCUGGAUUUAGUUUUUCACUGAGAUUGUGUUCUAAAUGUGUUAUUAAAG